CUGCAGCCUCUCCGUGCUGACUGGCACGAGCUGUGGGGUGAAAAGUCCUUUGAUUUUUCGGCUGAUUCGUUUCUGCCGGUCCGCCUCUUGCUAGCCGAUUGCAUCUUCACUGCGACAGCUGUUCGUUGGGACGUGGCCGCACGCCGAUCGACUCUGGACCAGAAGGCGGUCGUCUUCGAGGACAGCAAGGACGACGGGGACGUCGGCCACGACCGGUUCAGACAUGGCUCACCGGAGUUGCUGAUCACCGCCUCCUCGACCAGUGCCAGGAGCCACUACUCCACGGCAGUCGGCGCCGCCGAACUCAGCAACGUCAUCGUCGAGGGUCCCACUGCCGCCGCCUCCGUCUCCGCCACCGACGACGACGACCUCGACCACACUACUACCACCUCACCUGGAGACCGCCGAGCGAUGCACCACUGCUACAAGGAGAUGUGCCGUCUUCUGGACGAGGAAGCUGUGAUCGACCUGCAGGACACGGACGGCAGGUGGCAGAAACUGUCCAUCGUCGAUGCCUUGAAUCAACUCUUGAAGUUGUUCAAAGGAGGAUUUUCUCAGACAGCGCAGACUCAGUACCCCGCUGGAGCGUUCAGUCCGUUGGACGUCAUCCUCAACGCUGUCAAUCUCGGGGAACAGGAGGACCUGGAAUAUGAUGGGGAUAUAAAGUUGAAACUGGACUGCAGCAGCUUGAAGAUCGUCGAAUUCUCGUCAAGAAUCAGUGGUUCUUUGGCUCACAUGAACGAAGAUAUGAAUAUUUCAGAGAUCGUUACAGACUCUGAUUAUUUGAUCAUACGAUGGUUUCUCUACAGAACGAGGUUAUCCAACGCUGCGAAGAGGCAGUUCAGAUGCUUCGCUCGUGUCAAGAUUGACGACUCGUUCUGGCCAUGCGAGAUCAGCAACUGUUUAGUAGAAGGAAACGAGCGAGAAACUGUGCGUUCGAAAGACAAACGAUCUUCAUGUACAAAGUACAAGUUUUUGCUGGCCAACGGAGAUCAGGUCAGCAUGAGCUCAGAAUGGUCACUUUAUAUCAACCCAUGGAAACAGUGUGUUGAUAUGGUCAUCGGUCACCACCGAGUUCUUGAGACUCCACCGAAUCCUAACGUCUUCCAGCCAGCCAAGAAACAACUGGUGAAUGAAGAAGCCAUUCGCGAAAUGGAGCAAAGAAUGAAAAAAAUCUUUUCCAAGGUAAAGCAUUAUCUGGCCGUGAGGCGUAUCUAA